CGAAAGGUGUGUUUACUUCCGCUUCCACGUCAUUUUUGUGGUGUAAUUUUCUACGAAAAGGAAACAAACAAAUAAGUGGACUUGCCAAUAAUCAGAAACAUUGAUUUUUAAGAAAAAAAUCGUAGAUGGUGACAUUUUUUUAACUGUUGACUGUUCAUUCCAUUAUACAUAUUCGUUUUUACUGCCAAUACUGCAUUACUGGUGCGUCAUUGUCACAUAUUGGGAAUCCCCUAACAACAAACAAACGUUGACGAAAUUUGCUACACGUCAUUUUUGAUAUUUUGUCAAUUUCCAUUAAUAGAUGUUAAUAACAUAGACAUAUUGAUGGAAGUCGACGCGAAUUUGCAAGUGCUAGAUCUGCUGUUUGAUGAUCAAGAAGGUGUACUGACUAAAGAGUUCGAUAAUCCGCAUGUGCCACCAUUGGACUUUUCUGACCUUGACUUAUUUUCUGGAGAUCUUUUGGAAUCUGCCUUAAAUGAAGCUAACAUAAACAACUUUGAUUUCCUUGACCCACCAGAAUUGGAAAAUAAAACAAAAGACAUUUAUUCAGAUCAUGAUUAUUAUGCGCAAAAAUCACCUUCAAACAGUGACAGUGGAAUAUCAAUGAGCUCAAGUGGUCAUGCUUAUUCACCUCAAAGUGUGUCUUCUGACCAACAGUAUAGUCCAAGAUCAACAGACCAGCAACAAAGCCCACGGUCAGGAGAUAUGUCGGGAUCACCUAGGAGUCAAUCAAACUUAAUCCCUGAUAUGAUGGAAAUCAAUUGUGAUGUAGGACAAGCUGGUAUCGAUCAACAAAAUAAUGUACUAUCACUUGAGGAUUUAGACAUGAAAGACAUUAAUAUUGAUGGAAUUGAUGCUAGUUUAUUGAUGAAUACUACUGACGAAGAUUUCCUCAAAGAAAUUUGUAGUACAAAUGCUGUAAAUCAGGAAACAUCAAUUAAUUUUGGUAUUGAUAGUCCACUGAAUGAGGUUACCAGUACAACAGCGACAGUGGAUUCUAGUCAAGUUAUUCGUGUCAUCAAAGUUACAUCUUGUGAUACAUUACCAUUUACCAUGAAAGAUAUUUCCACAUCAACAUCAUCAAAGAUCCCAGAAUUAAAGCUCACAGAUGAAGAAAUAGACUUACUGGCUAAAGAAGGAGUUGUACUCCCUACAGAUAUGCCACUUACAAAGGAUGAAGAAAGAGUCCUUAAGGCAGUCAGACGAAAAAUAAGAAAUAAGAUAUCUGCAAAAGAAAGUAGGAAGAGAAAGAUGGGUUAUGUUGAAGGGUUGGAGAAACGAGUCAAAAUGUGUACAUCAGAAAAUGCUAACUUGAAGAAAAAGGUGGAUGGCUUAGAACAACAAAAUCAAACAUUGAUGCAGCAGUUAAAGAAAUUACAAACAUUUUUAGUUUCAAAGACAUCCAAACCACAGACAUCAACAUGUGUUAUGGUACUACUGUUAUCAUUUGCUUUCAUUAUUGUUCCAACCUUCAAUCCGUUCAAAAGUUUUGAUUCCUUGACAGGAGUAAGGAAUGUUCCAAUUCCAGGAAAAUCCAGAAGUUUGCUUCACAAUGGAGACAAUGGUUUCGAUACAGACAAUGAUGACAAUCCUUAUGGUCUGACAGUUAAACCUGGUCCACCGUUUGAAAUACCGCCAAAAACACCAGCAAUUCCAGUUCCACCUAAUACACACAUUGAUACUAUCGUGGAUGAAGACAUUUUAUAUCAUUCUAAAUCAGCUGAUGACAAUGAAACCGAUAUCAAUCAUGUUAAUGUGAAAUUAAGCAACAAUAUCAAUCAGGAACAAAUUCAGGUUGACUUUAAUAACGAGAAAACAGCAGAUCAAUUGGACAGUGCUGACAGUGAAAAAAAAAGUCACAGCAUAAAUGGAGAUUUAUGACAUAAUUAUUGUUUUCUCAGGGAUGAAUGGUAAAUGAUAUUUUUGUUACUAACAUGUAGUACAGCAUUAUGAAAUAGCUACAUGUAUAAUGGGCUUGUCCAUCCCAAACUUUUUAUAGUCUUAGAGGUUACUGAUUGAUUUAGUUGCAAAAGUAUUUCUACUCAAAAUUUUAAGCUAAGCACUUGAAGGAUCAAUCUGCAUGCCUGAGUAUCCCAGAAACACAAAUAAAAAUACUGAUGGCUGAACAUUUUUGCAAGCUCCUUAUUUUAACAAUUUUUCAAAGUCCAACCAGAUGAUAAGUUUGUAAUAUUGUGAUUAUUUUAAUUUAUGAAGGGGGGUCAUGAUCAGUGGAUUUAGAGUUUUGGAAUAAGCCAAAAUACACUUAUAUGAUUUAGCAUUCUCAUCAUCUAACAUAGCUUUAUUUUCUUUGUUAAACAUGCAUGUCUUAAUUACACUUAUGUAUGAUUUUGAUUAGUUUUGUUAUCAGCAAUUCAGCUACUACUGUAUAAUACACACAUAUUUAAUGGAACAUUUGUCUAAAGAAAACUAUCAGAAAAAUAUGUCAGGAAUCUUGUGCAAAAUUGGUAAUACUUUUCUCCUAAGAAAAAAGACUAACCAUCUUCUUGAUGGAAUUUUUAAAAUUUAACAAAAGGACAUCUUAGAAAUUCACAGCAUAAUAACCAAAGAUAGUAAUUAAUUUGCAAAUUUAGAGAAAAGAAAAAAACACAACUAAUUUUCUAUGUUGAUGAAUAUAAAUAUAAAACAAAUGUACAAUAAGCAUGAGUUUACACAAUUUUAAUUCAUAAUGGCUUCAUUACAAUUCAGUCAUGAUAUAGUUUUGUUGACAAGGAUACUGGAGAAUUUCUCAUAUUUUUCCGUAAAUGAUUUGUUGCAAAAUAUGUUUCAAUACCAUAAACAUAUGUUUCUUUUAAUUGACUGUGUCAUAUAUCUAUGUUUGUUAAAUUGUUCUGUUUAUUAUUCUCUAUGGGUCAUCUUGACCAUUUGUUUUGUAAAAUCUUGAAGUAUUAUGCUUGAAACUGUACAAAUAACAUAUUAUAUAUAAGCUUUAAUGUAUAGUUUGAAACUUUGCACAAAUUUUAGUGAGUAAUUUCUAGAUGAAAUUUUAAAGACACUUUAUGAAACGAUUUUUACUUUCCAAAUGUAAAUAAAGUUGAUUUUUCAUACAUUUUAUUGGCUGGGAAUGUAUUUAAAUGCUUGAAAACAUUGCAGAGUAAGAUUUUUAGUAUUUCAAGAAGAAGUUUAUAAUGAGAUUUUUGGAACUUAACAUAAAUGGCAAUCAGUUUGACAUUUGAUUGAUUGUUGACAGGAUCAUAUAUUUUUAUCAUCUUUUCAUCUUACAAAUGAAACCAUUUUAUAAUAAUCCUUUCUUGUGAGGGUUAUAUUUUGUUUUUCUACUUGUUGUUUUAUACUAUGUUGUUGUAAAUAAAGAAUAUUUUUGAA